UGUGUGUGUAUGUGUAUGUGUAACCCAGGCCCCAGGUCCAUCAGGCUGGUUGGUUCUGGGGGAGACUGUGCAGGAAGGCUGGAGGUUUUCCACAGCGGCUCGUGGGGGACAGUGUGUGAUGACUCGUGGGAUAUUGAGGAUGCGCAGGUGGUGUGCAGACAGCUGCAGUGUGGAGUGGCCCUCAGUACCCACAUACCAGCCUGGUUUGGUCCUGGAACUGGGUCCAUAUGGCUGAAUGAGGUGGAGUGUGAGGGGAACGAGACGUCCCUGUGGAACUGCAGAUUUCAGCUGUGUGAAGAGGGUGAAUGUGGACACCAGGAGGACGUAGGAGUCGUGUGCUCAGAGUUUAAAGAGAUCCGACUCACGGAGGGCUGUGAGGGGAAUCUGGAAGUGUUCUACAAUGGAACCUGGGGUAAUGUGUGUCACAAUCAGAUGGAGUUAGAAACAGUAGAUAUGGUGUGUCGAGAGCUGAACUGUGGAAGACGUGAACAUUUGGACUCGGCCAGAGCGAGAGUCGAAUCUGCUCCUGACUGGAUGGAUUAUCUGAAGUGUAGGAAACACGACUCUAAUCUGUGGCAGUGUCCAUCUUCACCCUGGGGACAGAACAGAUGUGAUAAUCGUGAUGAGGUGGCUCGUAUUACCUGCACAGAUGAGGGAAAGUCUCUACGUACACAAGAAAAGUGCUCUUCAUUUCCCUCUCAGAAACACUGCUCAAAGCACUGGUCUCUCAGGCUGAGUGGAGGAGAGGGAAGCUGCUCUGGGAGGUUGGAGGUGUAUCAUAACGCUACGUGGGGCUCCGUUUGUGAUGAUCAGUGGAACAUCAGGAACGCUCAGGUGGUGUGCAGACAGCUGGGCUGUGGGUUGGCGCUGAGUGCUGAUAGGAAUGUUAGUUCUGGUCCUGGUGAAGGGACUAUCUGGCUGAACAGAGUGAAGUGUCGAGGGGAUGAGAUUCACCUGUGGGACUGUCAUCAUUCCCUGAAGAACCACACUGACUGCUCUCAUGCUGGAGUCACCUGUGCAGACGUGUCCACUACUACACCCAUCACCACCACCACCACCACCACCACCACCACAUCAGUGUCGUAUCAAGAUCCUCUUCUGUGUUUUUAA